UUUUAUUAUUUUCCAUAGUUUGGUCCUUAAACCUUUGAUACAUAUUAAAAUUUUCAGUACUUUGAUCUUUUUUGAAUACAAAAAAUGCCUAUCGGAAGAGCAGUUAUUACUUAUCUGGACGAACUCUUCAGUGAACACCACAUUUGGAUUGCACUUCAAAGUUUCUUAGUAUUGGUUACGUUGGGCUUCUUUCACUAUCAAUUAGAGUCUAACCAAUGUGAUUUGAUGUGCUGGAUAAAAACCAUAGAGGAGAACAUAGAUAAUAUUUUCUAUAUGUUAUCUCUGCUUAAUAUGCUUUUAGUAGUUGGCGUUCCUUAUUAUAUAAUUGAACUUGUGACGCGAGCUAACUGCAAACUUAUCCUAUCAGAGGUAAAAGUUCUACAGAAGCGGUAUGCAACUUACAUCUUCAUACAGCUGAUGGCACGGAUCGAUGAAAUCUAUGACAAACUUCCACAGAUUGCAACAAACGAACAACAAAGCGAUGCAGAUUUAAUAUUAAAUGAGCAAGUCAUUGAGGCACGAGAGAAGCUAAUUGACGUCAUAAACGAUUUCAAACAGAAAGCCAUCAAAUUAUAUUCCAUUUCUGAAGAAGAAGCGAGCACUCCAUUUGAAGACUUGUAUUUCAUCAAUGAAAACGAUAGUAAAUUAGCGCCGUACUAUGAGAUGAAAAUUUCUGUUGAUCUAGAUUUUAUUAGUUUUCUAAUGCAUCGAGAUUUUGUUUAUAUAAAUUAAAUCAAGAAUAAAGUUAGUUUUCACAAAAAGUUGUCAUAAAAUAA